AUGGCGAUGGCGCAGGCCGGCAUGCAGCUCACCAAAGCCGCCCUCCUCGUCGGCGUCGGGUUGGUCGGGUCUCAACUCCCCAAAGUCGCCGAGAUCUUCGUCGAGCUUCAGGGGUCUAUGCGCGAGAAAGGGGCGGACUCGGCCGCGGCGACGGAAUCGGUCGCCGACGUCGGCAAUGAGGCUUUGCAGCUCGCCCAGCUCCAAAUUGAGAUGAUGACUAGGCAGCUUCGGCAGCUAUCGUCCAAUAAUAACGCUGUUAUUCAGGUGGAUAUGGGCAAGGGAGCUGGAUCAGCUUUGAUAUUACCUGCUGUGGCUGUUGGUGCUGUCGGCUAUUGUUACAUGUGGUGGAAAGGUAUCUCCUUCUCUAGCCUGAUGUAUGUCACCAAGCGCAAUAUGGCUAAUGCUGUUGCAAGCAUGACUAAACAUCUAGAACAAGUGCAGGGCUCUCUUGCUGCUGCUAAAAAGCACUUAUCGCAACGCAUUCAGCACUUGGAUGAUAAAUUGGAGCAGCAGAAGGAGAUUUCUGGCGAAAUUUUUGAUCAGGUUACUGGAGCAAAGUUGAAAAUCAAGAGCAUUGGUUCAGACAUGGACAAAAUAAAAAAUAUGGUUAUGGGUCUGGAUCAUAAGAUGGAUUCAAUUGAAGCAAAACAGAACUAUUCGUGUGCGGCUGUGAAUUAUCUCUGCAAAUUCAUAGAACAAAGGGGUGAGAAGCUGCCAGAACGCGUGGAAGGAUUGCAACGAACAGUAAGGCGAAUAGGGUACAGCAGCUCAGAGUCGUCGGUUAGUUCUGGUUUGGGAUUCGGGCAGCUGCUGACGAUAGAAUCAACCAGCCCUAGCGCUAGCGCAGAAAGAAUGCUUCGGUCAACAGGCAUCAGCGCGGCACGUUCGAUUCUGCCUUGAUUAAGAGAGGGUGAUCAAGCAAGGCAGGAUGCGUUUACCCACGCCUUGCCCGAGUUUUGUAGAGCUCUGAGUUAGGUAGAAAUAGUAGGUUAGAUAAUUUUUAUGACUGCGUAGUGCUUAGAGUGAGAUGGCAUGUCGCGUCUUUCUAGCUCUCAUCACUGGUUUAUCUUACCGCCUAGAAUGCGAGUUUGUUCAUUGUCAUCACGCGUGUUUGAUCUUUC